CAACAAUUUGACGACCAUGGCAGAUGGAGGUCCCAACGAGUUGGCCGUGACGGCCGUGACCAUCUACAACAACAAACGUGCGUUCGUGGAGAGAGAAAGCUUUGAUUUCGGUGAUGCCGAGAAGCAGUUCCGCAUCGCUGUGCCUGCAAAUCGACGCAGCGCCAUUGUAGAGUCCAUGACCGUUCGCUGCGACGGCGUUGCUGCGUCCGUGAGGUAUGGCGGUGAUCUCUUGGACAAAUCUCCCGAAGUGUCAGUUCGUAAACGCGAGUUUAUCGUGGGAGCGAGUGUCACACUGGGAGAUUUCUUGGGUGGAAGCGGCGUCGGGGAGAGCGUAUACGUACGAAGUUUGGCCGGCGUCGAGACGGUCGGCAAGAUCUUGCUUGUGGAGAAGAAGCUCGUGGUAAUUGGAACGACAACGGCAGGUCAUGUGAUCACGGAUCACGAGUGGAGCACGCUACGACUGCUUACCCCCCACCACGACAUCGUCGCUGUGGCCUUGUCACAAGUCGAUGUCAUCAAAUUCGAAGAUCCGGUGACUCAGGCGGCGCUAGUGUCUGCGUUGUCGUCGACUGCAGUGGCGUACAUCCCGACCCCGUCUGUGCCGACAAGGGACGCCCACCUUGCUGACAUCUUCGUGUCCACGACCCCCAUCGCCACCGUAUCGUCGCCGCCCUCUGGUCGUCCAACUUUGUCCGUGGCCUAUGUAGACGUAGCCGACGCAUACCAAUUCCAAUUUGUCAUCGCGUUCAACUCGGAUCGAGAGAUGAAAACGCAUGCGAUCGCGUCCAUCGCGACGGUGGAACUGCUUGCCCGCGUCCGCAACAUUUCAAGCGAUCCGUGGCACAACAUCCGCUUGUCCCUUGUCGCAGACGACCUUCAAGUGGUCGCCAUCAAGGACGAUGUCAAGCCCCCCAAAGCGACGCCGUCAGCGUCUGCCCUUCCGGAUACCGAGAUCUUCAUCAAGACGUUGACGGGCAAGACCAUCACGUUGACCGUGAGGAUGGGCGUGACCAUAUUCAAAGUGAAAACCCUCGUGCAAGACAAGGAGGGUAUACCGCCAGACCAGCAGCGCUUGAUUUUUGCUGGAAAACAGCUCGAAGAUGACCGGACGUUGGCCGACUACAACAUCCAAUCCCACUCGACCCUGCAUCUGGUGCUGCGGUUGCGCGGGUCGUCUGGAAGUGGCGAUGUUGGAGGUGCGAAGCAACCACGUGACGGCUCGUACGAGCAACUAACAGAGUCGCAGCUCAAGUCAUCAGUCGCGACCGAACACGUCGUGUUUGCCGUCCCGGGCACCGUGUCGCUGCGGGCUGGCGAGUCCGCCGUCGUGUCCGUUGCCAAGGCCGAGUGUCCGUGCGAGUACCAGUACGUGUUCGAUCCCAAGGAGAGCGCUGUGAACGCUCUCGUGGGGGUCCGCCUCACCAACACGUCGUCACAGGUGUUUCCCCCGGGCAUCGGCAACCUCGUCGAGAACGGCCGGCUCCAGGCCCAAGUGCCGCUCACCCCCAUCGCCCCCGACGAGGACCUGGUACUACCCCUGGGGACCGACGCGUCCUUGUCGGUCUCCGCCACAUGUCCGAAAGAUCUGCAAGUCGCCACGAUCGUGGCCACUCACCUCGAGCGACGACGACCAGCAGAUGAUGCAGCACCGAGUCUGAACUUGAUUGUGGACCGAGAGGUGGCCCGGCACACUGUGUACACUGUCGCAAACGCCAGCCACGUCCCCAAGCGACUGGUUCUGUACCACUAUGCCAGCGCCAUCCACGGCGGGUACGUGAUUCAAACGAUGCAUCAUGUGGUCAAGAGUGUGGUGGGGUUUGCCGCGUACGAACUGCCGCUCGAUCCAGGCCAAGAGCGUCAGUUCACCGUCGUGGAGACGGCCACGUACAGCCAAACGCUGCCCACCGAAGUUGAAGGAGGCGGCAGCUACCACAAAAAGAACAAGUUGCUUGUGCAGUUCUUGGAGAAACACGGGGCAUCGCAUGUCAGCUCGGCCGAUCGCGCCGCCCUCGCCGCCGCCAACGUGACGCGGAAGACCACGCGGGUGUUGAAAACGCUGGCCAGUCGUCUGGAACAAAGCACCAGGAGCGUUGCUAGUACUAGUAGUACUAGUCACGUCGCUCCCGAGUCGGACGUUGCCAAGUGGACGCGCGUUCUAUCCAAUCACGACGACAUUCUGCACGGGUUGCAGCGCCUGGUGUCGAUUCAUGACGACCUCGACAAGCGGCGGCAUACCGUUGACCAGGAGCAGCUUGCGAUGGACACGAUUGUCCGAAACCAAGCCAGAUUGCGCGAGAACAUCGUCGCACUGGAAAAAGUCACGACCAAGCACGACCUCCUCACUCGGUACUUGAACGAUUUCAACUCGGACGAAGACGCGCUGGCCGCGUCCCGACUGGCAACCAACCGCGCCGCCGACGACCAGCGCUCGCUGCAACGCGAAGGCGCCGCGUUAGUGCGCGACCUACUCGGUCGAGUCAAAGCGAGUCUGGCGCUGUGAGACCAGCGGAAACGACGACGUCGGCAGCAUCGAUAAACGCUCAGUCGAUCGUUCAACUACUGCGACACUGUAUCCGACGAAUCACAGUGUCGUCCCAGAGGUUGCUCAUAUGGAUCAAAUAACCAUGACCAUAUAUAAUCAAGAACGUCGUCGCAUGAAUGAAAUUAUUUUACGUCAG